GCCGGGGCCUAUCCUUUGAGCCAGGCUCGGGCCGGUUGGCGGCGCCCGGGCCCAGUCGCUGGUGGCGGCCCCGGCACAGGUGGAGCCGUAGGCCGGGGCCCACAUGCAGUGCCGUGACCGGCGGCAGCGGGGCUUGGAUUCCUGCCGAGGCGACGCGGAGACUGCCCCUAUGGAGCGGGCUCCUCACGAAACAUUCCAGGGUGAGCUGGAGUGGUGCAUUUCACAGCUAGAAGCAAAUCUCUGCCUCAAUCCAACCUCAAAACAAGAUCUGAAACCUGGUGGUGUGAAAGGGCAGCAAAGCAGUGGACAGGCUUUAGAUGGUGCAGUGUGUAGGAAACAGUCUGAGAAAAGCUCUGAAGCAAAGCCAGAUGGGUUCAUGUCAUCUAACAGUGGCUUCCAAUCUGAUUCUGCACCUUCUGAGACCAACCCAGAAGGCACACCUUUGGAAGCAGUCUCUGGUGUCAUAGAUGCUGAGCAGACACAAAGCAACUCCACUGAGCAGAACUACUGGAAUGGAGCUGUGAGUUCUGCUGCCUCUGGACAAGAAUCCAAGAUUGCUUCUGACUUUGCUGUCCCAGAUGGAGACCAUUCUCUGUUUCAGUCAGCUGCAGCAAGCCAGCAUACAGAGCAUGCUGCAGAUGGUGAUGUGCUGGGUAACUCACUGCCCGCCCAGUCAGCAGGCACACCACAGAUCGCACCUUUGCAGAAGUCUGAGUUGACUCAAAGUACAGGUAGCACACCCAAAUUAGACAGAAACCAGGUCAUGAUAAAGAUUCCCCAGCCACAGACAGCUCCUGGACAUGAGACAGGGGCAGAGAAAUCGACAGGAGAUGGAGCUGCCCAGAAGAAGAAAAAGAAGAAACAAAAAGCAUCUGUCAGUAAAAAGGAGACAAUAAAAACUGAGACCAACAAGAAGGCAAAAGCAGAAGCUAACACCUGUCAAAGUAAAGAUAAUUCCCAGCAGGCUGAGACUCCUCAGCAGUUGGAUGAGCAGCUGUGGAAAGAGGUGGACUGGUGUGUGGAACAGCUGGAACUUGGCCUGAAGACCCAGAAACCAACUCCAAGGCAGGCUGCAGAGGCUCUUCAGGCCAUUAGGACCCUGCGCAGUGACAAGGCUCCACUGGUGAAGAAGCGUCAGCUCAUGAGAGCCAUGUUUGGAGACUACAGGAAGAAGAUGGAGGAGGAGUGGUGCAGAGAGCUGAAGCUCAUGGAAGCAGCUGUGAAAUCUGCCAGAGUGGUGGAAAUGCCGAGGGACGCUUGCAACAAAAGCUGCCGCUUUAUCCGGAAGCGCUCUGGAGCUUGCAGGAGGAGCCAGGGCUCAGCAGCAUCCCCUUCAGAAUCGCCCAAGACGCUCAACACAGGCUUACUCAAAUUCAUAGCUCCCCAUGAAGAGUUUCGCUUUAAUUUCUUGGAGGAAAGCCUCUUAGACUAAAACCAUGGCUAAAACCCAUGCCCAGGCUUCUAUAAGCUUCAUGGCGGAGAGGUGCUGUGCAGCAGAAAAUGUUACACCAGAAUCUGUGUUUCCAAAGGGAAGAAGCCUCUUUCAGAGUGCCUUACCUAGAGGUGUAAACCAGGUCUGCCUACCACACGUGACUCCAGGGCUCAGCCCAUGUGGUUCUCCUCUGUGCUUAUCCACCUUUGCAAAAGAUCAGCACACAGUCUGGAAGGGUAUGAUUUUCUCCUCAUCUAGAACUGACAUUAACCUAAGAAUUUGUCUUUUAUAUUGGGUAUUUUCCUGUUCUCCCCUUGCUUUUGAGCAGAGCAAACCUUUGGUAACAUGGGAUAGCAGUACACACAGAAAGGAGUGGUUUGCAGUGGAGAUCCAGUGCUUGUGAAGGUCCAGCAGCACAAGCACAAUGCCUGGAUGGAUGAUUCCACUCCAGAGGGGACCGUGUGAGUGCAGCUUCUGCUCUCCAGAAAGCCCUGGGCAGUGUGUGUCACCCGUGCCACACAGACACUGUGGGCUCAGGAUCUUGGAGGGAAAGGAGAGAGAAUCACCCUUGCUCACUCACCUCUGUCGUUGACAGAGAUGUAAGAGGUCUGCAGAGGCUGAUUUCAUCUGGGCUGGGGGUGUAAGGACAGCUGUGUCCAGCCAGGGAAAGAUGUUUCCUGCUGAGGGCAGGUCCUAGCUGGCUCAGGAAGGUGUGCAAUCAGCUCUCGAAAGUUUCCUGUAUAAGCAGCCCAGUUAUAACCACCUGUAGCUUGGAGGGUCAGUCAGCUGCAUGCCAAACCCUGGGUGCUGGGGAAAUGAACUGUGAGAGACCAAAGACUUGAAUUGUAAUUCAUUAAAGUUUUGCUUUCUGAGCUGUCA